AUGAUCUUUUUGCGGGCAGUCACAGGGAGACAAAUGUUGCUCUGCAAAUGCCUUUUUGCCGUGAGCGGAUGGCAGUCACAGGGAGCAAGGGGCGUUGGCAGAGCAAACGAUGGGCAUGUGUGGGCCUACAAUGGCGAGGGCUACUGGACUUUUGGUGUUCAAGGACGGCAUCGAACCGCUCGUCGACAUGGCCGGCGGGAUCACACAAGGGUGGGGAUGUUCGCAGUGCGGCUGGGCCAGGACGUAGAAGAAGAGGGGGUGGGACCACCUCCGGUCCUGCCACCCGGAUCUGCGGGAAAGCGCCGAACAAUACAUCCGGCCCACACAGAUCCAAAAGGUCACAAUCGGGCAACAAAACCGGUACUUGAAGAUAACCCCAGCAACAACCGCCGCCGCACCCGGGGGGGGGGAGUGUCAGUAACAGCCAGGCUCUUGAUGGGCCUCGACGAAGCGGACGAGGCAUCACAUACGAUCGCGGCCCGAGGACCAAACGGCCCGGAGCCCAACGACUUCCUGGGCAAAAUGAGGUUUGAACGUCACCUCCACGGGUACAAACCCCUAGAGAGUUCAAAGGCGACGACCCGUCUGGAGCUAGGAGCUUUUGGGCAGCGAUUAACCAAUGCCUGGGCGGAUCUGCAUCCAGCGUGA